AGCGGGCCAAUGAGCGCUCGCGGUGAACCGCCAAGUCCGCCCACCGGUGGGUGACGCGCCGGGUCUUGUGGUGGAGGACAUAAAGAGACGGCCGGGUGGGAGUGCGGAGCGGCGUCCGGGAUGUCGGUGAACAUGGAGGAACUGCGACACCAGGUGAUGAUUAAUCAGUUCGUGCUGGCGGCGGGCUGUGCAGCGGACCAGGCCAAGCAGCUCCUGCAGGCGGCACACUGGCAGUUCGAGUCUGCACUCUAAACCACUUAAUUUUUCCAAGAAUCUAAUAUCCCCAGUGCUCAACAUCAUCCACACAUGAUGUGCACACCAAGUAACACACCAGCCACUCCGCCCAACUUCCCUGAUGCUCUAGCCAUGUUUUCAAAGCUGCGUACCUCUGAGAGCUUGCAAAAUAGCAGUAGUCCAGCCACCUCAAAUGCCUGCUCUCCUCCAGGCAACUUCAGCCCAUACUGGGCUUCCUCUCCACCAAAUCAACAACCUGUUUGGCCUCCCCCAGCCUCUCCCACCAUACAUCUCCACCACCAUCAUGCACAGCCUACAUGGCCCCCUACCUCCCAGCCUUCAGGGGGCCCACAGAAAGCCAUGACGGCCAUGGAUGCACAAAGAUAAGACUGGUUAGGAAGUGCACUGGAGUUGGAGAAGAGGCAGUGAUGAGUGCCUCCUUUCCUAUGAGUUUUUCAAACUUUUUUUCCUUUUUUUUUUUUUUAUUUUAUAAAUAAAAGGUUCUGGUUUUUGUUUUCUCCAAAGUUGCGAAAUUGGAAGGGGGAUGAAAAAAAAAAAUGUGAGCUCCCUUUUCCUGUCUCCUUUUUAAUAUAUAAAUAUACUGUAUACAGAGAAGAAUAUAUAUGAGGUGCCGGGCAAGGCAUCAUGGAAUACGUUAAAGAGAUGUGGCCUGAGUAGAAGACCACUUUGUUAACAGAUAGAGGAAAAAAAGGUUUAGGCAGUUGUCCCUCCUGUCCACCGCUCUGUUUGUAUUAGAACAGUUUACACGUUGAACCAGUCCUUGGAGCCACAAUGUAUUCACCUGCGCUGGACGUUAAGUGAAGAAAGAGACACUGCUCAAGUUGGAUCAUCUAUACAGAAGGAAUGGUCAUCGUUCAAAUACUGGCUUGGACAGUGUGAGCCUGGCUGUGACCAAUGGAGUGGGAAGUUGACAAAAGGCAUUCUUGGGCAGACCAGCAGGGGUGAUCUGACAUCUAUAGAACCAAAAGCAGUGUCUGGCAUCCAGGCAAUACAAGCUUCAUCUAACUCUAUUUGCCACCCUCUUCCACAGUUUUCUUACAGAUCCACGGGAGGAGGAAUGGAUCACUACAGUGGCUUCCAGUUUCCUUUUUGUAGUUGGAGUUCUAAACGGGAAUUUAA